AUGCCGACCGACCCAUCACGGCCUUCUUCCGGGGCCAACAACACGACUGCUACCAUCACUCUUUCCUCCAGCAUGGGCGCACCAAGCCACCUUGCUUCUGGUUUCAUCUACGGCAUUCCCGACACUCCGGACCAGAUCCCGCCCAAGUUCUAUACCGGAAUGGGAUUUCGAUACAACCGUGCUGGAGGAGCCCAAACUCCGUCGAAAGGCUGGCUUGCUGGGGUUUCCGAAUAUCAUCCUCGCUUUCAAUCGGCCCUGUCCAACUACAGGACUGCCCAACAGUAUGGGGCGAGGUUCCAGCUCUUGCUUCACGAUAUGUGGGGAGCUGACGGUGGCGAGCAUGCGAAUGCGUCGUUUCCUGGCGACGAUGGCGACUGGAGCAGUUUCGACGCAUUCCUCGCACAGGUCGCUUCCGAUCUCAACGCAAAUGGAGUACGCGAGGGUCUCGAUAUUGACAUCUGGAACGAACCCGACAUCAGUGUGUUCUGGUACCGCCCCAUGCAGCAGUGGAUUGACCUGUGGGGCCGUGCGUACCAUACCUUGAGGCAAUCCCUCGGAACGGACGUGCCACUCGUGGGCCCCUCGCUCGCAUAUCAACCCCAGACCAACAACACAUGGUGGACCAACUUCCUAUCCUUCGUCGCCCAAAACUCCAGUAUUCCCGAUCAGUGGACGUGGCAUGUCGAGGGCCAAGCUUGGAACUCCGUCGACGACCCGGAACAAAGCAGCGCCAAUCUCAAAGACAUGCUCGCGACCUACGGCCUGCCCGAGCACCAAUUCAACAUCAACGAAUAUGCCACUCGCCCUGAACAGCAACCCGCGGGAGCCGCGUGGUUCAUCUCCCGCCUCGAGCGCAACAACAUCGUCGGCCUGCGCGGCAAUUGGGCCUCGGCCGGCGAAUUGCACGACUAUCUGGCAAAUCUGUUAGGAAAGCCCGGCGCGAACACGACGGCGUACAGUAUCAACGGGACAGGAUACUGGCCCAAUGGCGAGUGGCAGGUAUACCGUUACUACGCCACCAACAUGACCGGGGAGAGAGUGGCCACGACGGGCGCCGGCGACCGCAAGUUCGACUGCUACGCGACCAUGGAUGGCAAUGGAGCGGUCAAAAUCCUCUGUGGCACCCGACUCGUCGGCGACACGUACUCGGUUACCGCGGAAGGUCUCGCAGCGGCGGGUCUUCCCGACUCAGGCACCGUCAAUAUUUGUACCUAUCGCUUCGACUUUGACGGGAGUGCCUACGCCGAUGUCCAGGGACCGGUGGCUUUGGGAAGCUCCAGUCACAGUUAUAGCGGUGGCGCUGUGACCUGGCAAGUGACUCCGGCGACGAAUGAGACGGCGUAUGCUUUUGAGUUUUGCUGA